AUGGCUAGCGCUUGUUCCGAGUAUAGCAAUAGCGACGGUCCAAACGCCACUAACGAGGACUUCGCAGCACAGAGAGUCAAGAUCCAACGACUGGUAGACAUGAAUCAGGAGCUGUGUGCGGCCAUGCGAAUGAUGCUACGAGAAGGCGAGGAUCCGGAGGCAGUCUACGAUAUCGAAGAUGUGGGUUAUCUUAUGCAGCUCGCAAGGCCCAGUAAACCAACACGAGUGCGCGGACCUGAGGGUCACCGGCCUGGCACACUGGAUCCCGCUUCCCCACCGACCAGAAGAGCGGUCAGAGAGGAUGCCGAAGCAGUAGGCCUUCGCUCGCUGUUGGGCAACGGACUUCUUAACAAGUUCUGGGAUGCUGUUGUGCUUGACAGGACCCCUGAAGAAGUCGCCGAAGCCUCGACUCCAACCCACGAAGACCCAGGGAGCACUCAGAUCAUGACAACGCCGAAAGCUGCCGAUAAUGAGCAUGAACAGUGA